AUGAAGAUCUUGGAAGCUCAGUCGGCUGUAAUGACUAAUGUCGAAGUUUACGCCUUCCUGAGCAACCAAGCCAAGCAAUAUGAAGAGCAGAAGCGCAAGGGCCCUGCAAACCUAGAGACACUACGUAAGGAGGUGUUGCAAUAUUUCGAAGCACCGCCAGGCCCUUUGAGUCAAAAGCCCCUGCCUUUUGAUUCUUCGGCGAUCCCUACACUGAUCCAGAAACUGCACCCUUACCAGAUCACCAAGGGUGAAUGCAUCAUGAUCUUGAAUCUGCGGCCAACUAACACCCCGAUCCUCAACGCUGUUAUCGAGGAUAUGGAAGACCGCUUCAGCGCCGAGCAGCAGCAGGAGAUCCUUGAUAUCAUCACCGAGAUUCUUGGACAAUUUCCCCAGGAGCCCGAAGAAGAAGCUGCCGAAGAAACAUGA